AUGGCCCAGCGUCUCCCAGUCGAGAUUUGGUGGGCUAUUGGCGAGGAGAUCGACAACACCUCGGAUCUCGCGUCGCUGGCCCAGGUCUGCACCCAGCUCCAUCGCAUCAUCAAUCCACAGCUCUACAGGCUGGCGGCCCAGUCCCCCAUUGCCCUCAAGGCCAUCUUCUGGGGUGUCAGCCAUGGCAUGCACUCGACAGUCAACUACUGUAUUGCUGGUGGCAUCAACCCCAACCUCAUCUGGCACUCGAAGCAGGACGCCAAGGUCAAAAUAGAACUCAUCCCUACGCUCGAAGAGUGUGUGACCUCGUUCGAAUCGGCGAUCACGGUGCAGGAUGAGACGUGGGACCACAGACCCCGUUACUGGUCUCCCAUCCACAUCGCUGCCAUGUUCGACGACUUGCCUAUGGUCCAACUGCUGCUCUCACAUGGAGCUCGCCCAGAACUCGGAUCUUUCGGUGCCUGCCCGUGUUACCAUCUCCACGAUUAUACCCGACGAGUACGAUCAUCGUUCAUCUACUUCCCCUGGGCUCGCUUCCCUUCGUGGACGACCUACCAUGUCGCCAUCUGCACGGGCGGUCUCGAAGUCGGCGAAUAUUUCAUGAAUCAGAAUGCGGAUACCGAUAUGGAGUGCUUCGAAUGGUAUCCCUCCAGACCUCGCACUGGAAUGACCCCGUUCCAUGUAGCAGCUCUCACUGGCAAUGUCCACCUUCUCAGGAUGUUGAUUGAACGCAAGGGCACACGCGACAUUGAGAAGGCAGACGCCCGAGGAGCUACUCCUCUUGUUUUUGCCUGCUAUCACGGAAACUGGGAGUGUGCUUCCAUCUUGCUUCAGCAUGGUGCAAACAUUAACAGAGUUUGCACCAGGCAGAUUGAACAACACCCCGGCCACGUCGAGACUUACAGCACCACAAUACUAGCUGAUACCCUCGAAUCGUCCAGAUUUGAGGACUGUCUCCGGCUCCUUGAUCUUGGAUCUGAUCCGCGGAUUUCUGAUCGAGCGCGUCAAGGUCGGCUGCCCUUGAUUCAUCAGCUUUGUAUGGACUCCUGGGAUCGCGGUUAUUGGGAUUAUAACGGAACCACUACUCGACAAGUUCGUACAGAAGCCCAGGCAGUCAGCGGCCUGAAGUUAUUGGACCGCUUCAUCAAAGAAGGCCUCGACUUUCGUCAGUCGGCACGGGAACACCUCGACUUUGGAGCAAUCCACAACACCGCUCUGUGUUUCGCGGCCGCCAGUGCAAAUCUUGCCGCGGUGAGGCGUCUUAUAGAAGCUGGUGCCGACGUUGAUGGUGAUCCACAGCAAGACAUCAUGACCCCCAUGGCCCGCGCAUGCAACGUAUACAACGGCCCGGAGACUGUUGAAAUGGUGACCCUGCUGAUAGAGGCGGGCGCUUCGGUAAACCGCGUGAGGGACAACACCAAGGCGCCCUUGUGGAUGCUCUGGGACGAUGUGAACAUCGACGCUUCCCAGCAGGAACUGAGAAAGACACUGACAGACUUGCUUCUGGAGCAUGGAUCUAACCCUGGACGCGGCACAGAUCAUGGCGAUAUUGCUUUUACAACUGCCUUGGACAGCCGGCUUCUCCAGAAGGAUUUCGCCGGCUUCGAGGACCUUCGAGCGAGAGGCGUCCCGUCAUUAAACGAUGAUGACUUUCUUGGAUUCUGGGACGUCGCUGUGAGGAUGGAGGAUCCGGAAGUUGCUCGAUACGUCAUCGAGGACGACACAGAAGGGGUGAUUGCUCGCAGAUGCCGCACUGCUUUGGCGUAUCUCCUCACGGACAUGCCUCACGAGACUGAUCUUGUAACGACCCUCUUGGACCGAGGAGCGAACCCCAAUGCGACCUGUGCCAAUGACACGCCCUUGUCGUAUGUCAUAAGUCGAACUACAUGGCCGAUUCCCCGGAAGGAACUUAUCUUGAAGACCUUGCUGGAUGCUGGUGCGUCUAUCCAUCGCCGACCACAACACCCGCCCAUCGCAGGACUUGAGGAUGGGGAUACCCUGUAUCGCGAUAUAACUCCUCUUGACUUGGCUAUACAAGGCUUGGACGGCUCUGCAAAGUUCUUGGAGAUGAUGCUCGAGAUGCAACCUCUCCGAGACGAUUCAGAGAUAGACGCUUAUCGCUACAUCUCUGAAGCGUGUGAGGUUGGGAACUUCAGAGCACUUUCCGCCAUCAUCAACUCCUCGGAACACGCGCACCGAACCAUGCGCGAGAAUGCCUCCACUCUGCUACACCAUCUGCUCGACUGUCUCCUCGACAGUACCACCAUGAGGCAUGUCAAUGCGACGGUAGACUGCCUUCAACUCCUUCUUGAAAAUGGCGUUGAUCUCUCAGCACCUCUUCCUGAUGACGUGGUGGACGAGAGAAUGGCUAAGCAGAAACUCCUUGGCUACAUGUCGCUGGACGACUCUCCACAGUGCAGCGACAAGGACAGGGCUUUGGCCUGGUGUCUGCGCCAGAAGAUCCAUUUCACGGAUAAUGACGACGCUCCGAGUUUUAAGCCGGAAACCACGGCGUUGUUCUUCCAAUUGCACACGUCGCUUGACAACCUGGGCAAGAUCCUGGGCAGUGACUCGCGACGAUAUCAUAUUGUUUCUACGGGAAGCUAG